CUAGUGCAGAUCUGCUCUUUACACACACACAGGGCUAUUUUGUUACAAGUAACGAUGAAUGAACGCACAAAACGAAGCGCGGUUAUGGCUUCACGGAUCGGGUUACCCCGGGGAAGGAGCAGCUUCUUGUCGUGCGGGCGCGUUUUUGCGGCCGCCACGGGAGCGCCGUGCAGGCGCCGCGUUUGCCUUUCCCACGUCCCGCUGGAGAGGGAGAAAAAACCCGCACGCGGCGCCGCGGGAUCCCGCCGCAUCCCCAGCCCCGUCCCGGCCACCACGUCCCCGCAGUGCCCUCACCUGCAGACGCACCUGCAGCCUGGGCUUUCCUCACCGUCGCUUUCGCUUUCCUGUCGCGGAUCUGCCGCGCCGUGGGUUUUCCUGCCAAGGUGAAAGCGCGGUACUGCCCGGCUGCUUAAAAGCCGGCGAGAUGGGGCAGAGCGGCAGAAACGAGCGACAGCAAGGCUCUGGAUACGAAAAAAGAGGACUCGAGGCGUCUCGAGGGAUUUUGUGGAUUCGGACACGGGUCGUCCUCUCCUCCUUCUGUCUUUCUGGAUCUUCGCAUCGUCGUAGCUGGAAAAGAAGAUGCUGUGCCCCAUGUUCGCCGUGGUGCUGGUGGUGGGCCUGGGGCCCCUGCUGGUGGGUGCCUUCCCCCUGGACGCCCCGAAGAAGACUUGCCGCCUCUCCCAGUAUGGGUACCCGGCGUCUUCCGAGUUGAUGGCGGUGGGGAAGUUCAAGGAGUACUUUGAGAGCAUCAUGCCGCCAACAGACCGAAAAUGCAGCACCAGGCUCUUCCAUCGGAAGUGGAAACCCAACGAGCUGUCGGUGCCCGACCGACUCCUCCUGGCAGAAGCUGAGCUGGACCUCACCGUCACUGUGCUGGCACACCCCACAAUCCACAGGCUGGCCGAGAUGAGCCAGCAGCCCCUGGCUUUUCUCACCCAAGCCCUGGAGGACCUGCGAGGCUGCGUGGCCACUGAGGCUCCUUCACAUCACCCCUCUGGGAAACUGAGGCACUGGCUGCAGAAGCUGGAGACGGCCAAGAAGACGGAGACCGCUAACUGCCUGGAGUUCUCCACCAUCCUCAACCUCUUCCAUGUGCUGAACGACCUGCGGUGCGCAGCCAUUCCAGAGCAGUGCACGUAGCCUUUUCUUCCUGCCUUGCCUUACAGACGCCUGGCUGCGUUUUCCUGUUUAAGCACUUGGCUUUUUUAUGUGAGCUCAGGGAGCGAUU